AUGGAUAAUAUUGUUUUCAUAUUGCUCCUCAGCUUUGUUAAGUUUUAUAUUUCAACUGUUACCCAGGAUCCCAACAGUUGUGGGGUAGGGGUGUGUUGUGCGGGCUAUUUUCUUCAUAAUGGAAAAUGUACAGUGUGCAGUUCUGGUCGAACAGGCAAAAACUGCAGUCAAAACUGUCCUCCUGGAUUUUAUGGAGAAAACUGCAAACAUUUAUGUCCCUUUGAAUGUAACAUUACCUGUAAUAAGGUCACAGGAAAAUGUCCACCUAACGACGCGUGGGACUCUAGCAUUGAGACACAGAUAGAAUACUUUCUGAAGGAGAAAGCAUGGAUUAUAGGAGGUGUAACCUUCCUUGUAUUAGUCAUCCUGUGUAGUUCUAUUGGGGUUAUUCACAUCUCUCAAGCCUUGAAAUGUGUGAUAAUUAAUAGAACAAAUGAUCAUACCACAAAUCAAAGCCCACAGUCAUCAAACAGUGUGAGAUAUGAAACUGAUUAUCCUAACACUCCGAGUGGAUCUCUUCAAGCAAAUCAUGAUGAAAGCAGAUCAACCAAGAAUUCAUCAAAUAAAAGGGAAGCUAAACCAUCCUGCGAAUACAGUAAACCUACUCAAAAGAAGCGAUACAGCUUUAUCUGGAAGUCAUCAGUGUCACAGGAAAUGACAUUAUAUCCGGAUGUUUCUGAGGAUGAUGAGGGCAGUGAAGAGUCUGACGACCUUAUAAAGACUACCAGUGGUAUACAAAUCUCAGGACUUCCCAAGAAACAGUCUUUUAAUACCUUUCAGUCCCUGGAUGAAAAAAUAGAGACAGACCAUGGAGCAAACACUACUUAUGGAAAUGUUUGGAAAUAG